ACAGUGCUUAGUGUAUGGGAGAUGGGACGGACUGAUUGCACCAUACCAGGUGUUGAAGAAGGGUGAGAGGGGGACCUAGAGAGAACAGCAACAAAAGUAGACAUCUCCUUCUCUCCACACCAGCAGUGCUAGCUAGUAUCCAGCUGGAAGUGGUUUGUCCACAGUGAUUCAAACAGCUUUGGGAGACAGAGCAGCAGCGGCAGUGACUGUGACUGUGGGGGCAAGCAGACUAUAAUGGAGAUGAAGCCGCUGAUAGUGCAUCUCUGGGGUCAUGAGUUGUGUUUUUCCUUCAGUUCUGUGUAACUUGACCACCUGGACUUCAACCCCACCCUCCCCUCACCUAUGCCUGCAGGACCAUGGGUAGUGUCAGCAGCCUCGUCAACGGCAACAGCCUCAACAGCAAACACUGCAAGGCAUCUGACUAUAGGUUAAAAAAGCGAACAAACCAUCAUAGAAAGAGUGGAGGUUGCAGCCUUGACGAGUUACUUAGGUGCGGAUUCACUCAGGGCUCCUCAUCCACCACUCAUCCCUCUAAAGGCCUGUCCCACUACCGGUCGGGACGAAGUGAAGAUUUUUUUUACAUCAAGGUGAGUCAUAAACCGAGGUCAGUGUACCACAGAGGAGGAUCAAUGGAAGAUCAUGCAGGUGAAAAGAACGGAGAUGAUGACUCAGAUGGGCGACUGCAACCAAAACUGCUGCUCAUGUCAAGAAAAAUGACUGAGAGGACCUCUGCUGAGAAGUCACUGGUCCGUUCCACUGCCUUCAAGCCUGAGAUUCCCAGGAGUACGUCCUCCACAGAGACAGGCCACAACAUCCUGGACCAAAUCCUUUGUCCUCUGGAGAAAGCAAGGAAUCCAGACAUUAGACACAAGCAAGACACCUCAGGGACUCUCUCCGACUCUGGACGCAACUCUAUGUCUAGCCUGCCCACCCACAGCACCAGCGGCAGCCUAAGUGCUUCUACAGGCCCUGUCAGUCAAAGUGAUGGCAGCUCAGCUCCCGCAAACAGCCUCAGCAAGGGAGUACAACCCAAUUUCCCUCCAUGGGUCAACGGGAAUAGCGCUAACCUUGACUGUAGCUACAGGGCUGGUUUAAACAGUGGGGGAUUGAUAUCUCAGGCUAAUGGUUCCCCGCUUUCUGCAGAUGAGCCAAGCCCUCUCUCUGAAACUGCAGGUGGGAUUCGGUCCCCUAUUACUACAGAUGAGUCACUAAUUGAACGUUUGGAACAAAGGCUGUUGGAGAGAGAGACUGAACUGCAGGAGCUACAGGUGAGUUUUGAGGAGAAGGAAACAGACACCUGCCAGCUGUUUGAAGAAAGACAAAGGUACUGUACUGAGGAGAUGGAGGGACUGAAGCAGCGAUGCUCCACAAAGCUACGACAAGUGUCCCAAAUGGCUGCAAAAACCCAGCAAGCACUCCAGCUGCAGGUCAGCCAGCUCCAGGCAGAGAAGGAGAGGCUUCAGGAGGAUGUCUCAAAGCUAACCCGAGAGAAGGAUCUUGUUGAGCUCAGACUAAGAUCUUAUCAGAGAGAGAGUACACAGCUCGCUCCGACACUCGAGGAAAGUCAAUGGGAGGUGUGCCAGAAGACAGGGGAGAUCUCAUUGUUGAAGCAGCAACUGAGAGACUGCCAGGUGGACGUCAGCCACAAGCUAAACGAGAUAGUCAGCCUCAGGGUGUCACUGAAGGAAAACACAGCAAAGAUGGAGAUGCUCGAGAAACAGAAUAAAGACCAUGAGGGCCAACUCCACUCUCGCACCAUAGAGAUUGAGGUGUGCCAAAAUGAACUCCAGCGCAAGAAGAAUGAGGCUGCUUUGCUGAGAGAGAAAGUGGGCAACCUGGAGACAGACAUUCAGGGAAUGAAACAGGAUCUGGCCAUGGCCAAAGAGCAGAGGCUGCAGCACAGUUUGCAACUCGAGGCCCAUGCCCAGACGAAGGUCUUGGAAAGACUAAUCCAAGGCUCAGACUCCCCCGCCCAGGGCCAGGGGGAGGAGAACAGUGGACACAUCUCCACAGAAUCACUCCAGAGGGAGGUGGAGAGACUGAAGUGGCAGCUCACGGAAGAGAAGGAUGCACACGAGAGGCUGGCCAACGGCUUUGAGCAGGAGAGGCAAACGUGGAACAAGGAGAAAAGCAGGGUCAUCAAAUACCAGAAGCAGCUCCAGAUCAACUACCUGCAGAUGCACAAGAAGAACCAGGACCUGGAGCGGAUCUUGAAGGAGCUGACAGCUGAACUGGAGAGCCGGACAGAGCUAGGCAUGGACAUCAACUACAGCUCAGGGUUACAAACAUAUGACGACGUUAUUGCCACAGAGAUUUGAUGGGAAGCACUCGUGCAUUCAGUAAAAGUGAACUGACUGUUUUUUCACCACAGAUAUUUAUGAUAUUAUAACACCUCGAGAUCAUUCACUGCUAAUUAGUGUUUUACAAGGGUUAUUUAAUAGAAUGUGCAUAAUCUAGUGUAUUUUGUGUCCAGGUCACAAAAAACAAUAAAAUUAAAAAUAGCUUUUUGUGAUGACACUAUUAGUAGUAAGUUAUUUAAUGUUCAUGAGAACAUUUUUAUUUUUUUACCAUGCUGUCAAACAGGAGCAUUCAUUGUUCAAAUCAUGCACAAUUUUGUAUUUUAAACACCAUUUAUUAGUUGUUCCAGCAUGGAAAAUGGCAGUAAUAUAUCAUCCAUUGUGAGUUCCUAAACCACUUUGCCUUGUGUAUCUACAUGGGUGUAUGCUCCCACACUGUCCAUUCUUAAGGGGCUUGUGCAUGGAAAAUAGUUUUAAACCAUUUCAAAACAAUACACAGGGCUUAUGAUGUGAGUAUUUGUUAUAUCCACACCAAUGUCAAAAAGUGUUCAAAAUACACGUUAAAAUCAUGUUAAGCUGUCGUGCAUUUUCAUCCCUAAAUUCAAUUUAACAGUGGAAAUUUAAGUCAAUAUGCAGGUGCCAUAUAAAGUCCUAAUAUCACUCAUACAAUAACCAUCACUCCACUGGUUCAUUGCAGUUCAGGCCGACUGUGUUGAUGAGAUCUUACAGUUGCAAUCUAAUCGUCUAAUUUAAUUUUCUAUGUCUCCAUCUACAAACUCGAGCAGAGAUUAUGGACACUUAGGACCUGGGCACAUUGCCACUGUUUGAGUGUGCAUGAAACCAGGACUUUGUUAAAGCAAACCUUGGGCCUGAACCAUGCAUGGAACGUUUAUUAUACUACCAAUAUGUCAUGUUAAUUCCUGAUACAGAAAUGCACAUAAUACAGUGUAAACUAGAGAACACCUCUGACAGAUACCAAGGGCAAAUGCAAAUUUUGGAAUUCACUUUGUUCUGAGUGUGUUUAGAGAGAGAGAGAUUAAAGGGGGCUAGGUAUAAUACAAUAAAAGCAAAUAUUUUAAGAGAAAAACAAAGGAAAAGAGGGGUGAUGUCCCAGUAAUCUCUAUCUCUCUCCCUAAAUUGUUCACCUAACUUUGUGAGUUAGCUGGCACUGUUCCACUUGGAGACAAACAAGCAGCCUAGCAAACCUAGCAGCAGCCCCAGCCAUUUGGCUCUGCUAUUUUGGAGCUAUUCCACUUCCCACAAGGACAAAGUAGUUUGUGAAGCAAAAGUUUUAACUACUCGACCCACUCAGUACGCAGGGGCUCACAUCGGCUGUCAGGCAGAAAUAUAUGCACACACUGUGCUAGUCAAGAAAGUGUGGCAAUCUCUGUAAUGAGGCUGCUUGAGAUUACUCAGCUACUCACCAUUACAUUACAUUACCACAGCAGGUCAGGAGAGAUUUGGAGGAAGACAGACUAAGUGGAACACUAAGGUCAGGUGCUGUAACCAGUGGCACUCAAACUCAAGUAACCGAUAAGUGCUUUACAGCCCUUACUCUGUGCCUUAGCACAGAAAAGUGGUCAAAUAGGGAGGAAGCAAAAGGACUGUUGAUACUGCAGCUGUGGUACUGGUGAAUUCAACAUACAAAAUCAAACGUAGAGCAACUUGCACACCCUGGGGAAAAAAGUCUCAGUGAAACAGGCUGUAUGUGGAGAUAGAUUUGGAAACAAGCUAGGGUGCAAACACAGGUGAUUUUAAAAUCAGCAAAUGUUUGUCAUUUGUGCAUCAGUGCUCAUUCUAAAACCUUUGCCAGUUUACUUUGCUGUCUUCUGAAAUUCUGUUUACCUAAAAAAGUGAAUUUUACAUCUAUAUCAGCAACCAGACUUGUUUACUGAGACUCUUUUUGAGCCAGCAAAAUUAUCUGUGUUCAAACAUCAGCAAACAUAUUAUUGGACUAAUCUGCAUUGUGUUUGCUUUUAAUGAUUACUAAAACUGUCCUUUAAUGCACUUCACAUUGAAAGGUAUAUGGGUGAAUAGUUUUGAUUAAGUACACCACAAUGUAUAAUAAAAAGUUUGUUAUUACUGUUUAUUACAGAACUUCAAAAGCAAAUGCUGGAUUUAGAAAUAAAUAUGAAUGCUGUUGAUAUAUUCAAAGCUGUCAACUGCA